GCGAUGAGUGUUUUUCUAAGUAACUUCCGCCAGCUUGACAGGACUUUAUCAUCCGAGGCCACCUGCUCUGAGCGGGUACCGAGGAAGGACUGCGCACUGCGGCUUCUGCUCCCUCCAUUUACCGGGAGGCAGAACCGUCCCGGAGGUGUGUGCAGGAGCAGGAUGGAGGCAGUGUCAGGGUGCAUGUGAGUCAUGGAGUCCACGUUGUCCCAGCGGCUGCAUGGCCUUUGUGCCAGAGUCCUGCGACGCUACGAACACCGGCCUUUUGUGUUGUGUCUGGCUGGACUCUACGGCUGCCAGUGGAGACGCUACGAGAGGAGAGGGGCUCAGCCGGGGGACUGCUGCUGCAACAAGUUGGAGGGCGUCAGCUUCGCGCUGCUGGUGGCGGCUUUUUGCCUGACGCUGGUGUUCCUCUACUUCUGGGGUCAAGCACAGAACGACUACAACGACUUUGACUGGUUCAACUUUGGGAACUUGGGCUUCUGGUUUCCGUGGUCUGUGGUGCUGCUUGUCAUUGCCGCAGGCUUCUUCACCUAUGUCACGGUGCUCAUGCUGCUCGCUGUGUGUCUGCUGUCAGAAGGUCAGAAGCUCUACUUACACUGGACUCACAAGAUUGGGAUCCUCGUGAGCCUGACGUUCGCCAUCGCAGCGACCGCCGUUUUGUCCGACCUGUGGAGCCAAGAAUGGACGACGCUGCUGCUGUCCUUCCAGGUGACGGCGCCCUUCCUGCACGUGGGCGGAGUCUUACUGAUGACGGCGCUCGCCUGGCCGGUGGCUUUGCAUGUCUUUCGCAUGAACAGCAGAGUGCGAAGGGCCCUGAUCGUGGCGGUUUACCUCAUCUUCCUGUUCGCCCUCUGCUUGGUGCCCCUCGGUUUGUAUUCUCCUUGUAUCAAAGAGGAGGGGACCCUCGGCCCCGCACCGGCCAUCAUCGGCCACAGAGGAGCACCCAUGCUUGCUCCAGAAAACACAUUGAUGUCUUUUGAGAAGGCGGUGGACGCUGGAAGUGACGGUCUGGAGACAGACGUCACCAUCAGUUUGGAUGGGGUGCCCUUCUUGAUGCAUGACCGCACUCUGCGACGGACCACCAACGUCCAGGAGGUUUUCCCAAACCGGACCAACACCCCGGCCGCCAUGUUCACGUGGAGUGAACUGGAGAGUCUGAACGCCGGAGCCUGGUUUCUCUCUCACAAUCCGUUUGGUACAGCUGGUUCCCUGGCAGCAGAGGACCAGCAGCGGGCAUCAAACCAGUCGGUGUGCAGCCUGCAGGCCUUCCUCCAGCUGGCAGCGCAGACUCACAAGCUGGUGAUAUUCGACCUGUACCGGCCGCCCAGAGGUCACCCGUACAGAGACUCCUGGAUCCAACGCACGCUGGAGGUCAUCCAGAACGAGUCGUCCAUUCUCUCUUCACAGGUGCUGUGGCUGCCGUCAGAUCUCCGAGCUCUGGUCCAGGAGAUUGAUCCCGAUCUGCAGCAGACGUCGGGAAGUUGGCUCCCUGUAGAGGUGCUCCAGAGCAACCACAUUGUCAAACUCAACCUGCACUACAGCUCCAUGUCCACCGACCUCAUCAGUGAAUAUACAGCAGUGAACAUCACCGUUAACCUGUAUGUAAUCAGCCAACCGUGGCUCUACUCCCUGGCCUGGUGCACUGGAGUCCACUCAGUCACCACCAACGCCCCACAGCUCCUCAGCAACAGGGGGUCCCCUCUUUUCCUCAUGAGUCCAGAUGAUUAUAAGCUGAUGUGGAUUCUCACUGAUCUGGUGUCCUUGGUGCUUAUCGUCAUCAUCUUCUUCUUUCAUAGGUGGCGAGAGCGAGGACUGGCUUUCAGCUCAGACAGCAAAAUCACCCUGGACAACAGCAUAUACAGCAAAUUCAAAACAGAGAUGAGCGACAUCUGGUCCGUGUCCAGUUCUAACUCUCACGCCGAGAGGACGCCCAACGUGGCGACUGUGACCGAGCAGUAGAGAGGAGUCGGCCAGGCGACACACCGAGCCGCACACUGCCAACGACGACAACGACAUCUGGUCCACUCUGACAGAGACAGAAAUCAAGUCUUCUCUCAGGAUGAGUGACUUUUUACCUCAGAGAUGAAAAGCUAGCAGCCUGUUAGCUUAGCACAAAGACCGGACAGAGGUGAAAACAGCUACGUUUACCAACGAGACUUUUUAAAAGGUGUUGGAUCUUGUUGAACUCCUCCCUGAAGCGUUUGUUUUGGGGCCGACGGCAUUUUAUGUUCCUUCAUGAUGAAAUGUCUCAAUGUGACACAACUAUAGUUAAAACAUGUACCAAUAAAUGUACAAGCACAAAUUA